AUGGAGGAGCAGAUCAAGGAGCUGGCUAAACGCCUUGCUGAGGGCAUUCCGGAGUUGGAACAACGACUCGCCGACAUUGAGAAGAAGUCAGACGGAAACAAGCAGGAACUGCUUGACCGCAUCAUCGCCCUGGAACAGAAGUCCGGUGGCGCUGCUGGUGGUGGUGCACCCGCUGCACCAGAGGAGGUUCAUCAGCGCUUGUCUGCGAUCGAAACAACUCACAAGAGUGAGCGCGAGGAGAUGGAGAAGAAGCUGGAAAGCAACAAGAAGGAGCUCCACGACCUCGUGACCUCCCUGGAGGAGAAGUUCGGAUCCGGCGACGGCGAGGUCAAGAAGGGCGCAGAGACACAGAUCAUGAAGAAGGUGGCCACCCGCUUGCAAGACUUCGAAUCUCAGAUUACGGCUCAGUUGUCGCAUGUGACCACCGACUUCGACAAGAAGUUAUCCCACGUCCAUCGCUCGUCAGGGACCACCAAGGCCAUCGAUGGCGUGGGCCCUGACACCGGCUUGGACACCAUGGCAGAGGACGUUGACCAACUGAAGUUCGACGUGGGCGAACUGAAAGACCUGUUGACCAACAGCAAAGGUGAGGUGAACCACAUCCGUCGCAUCGUCCUGGCCUGCGAGCGCGACAUGGAAGACUUCACGGCGGCCAUGGACGCGGUGAACGUGGACCUCGACGAGAUGCGGGCGCGCGUGGACGCCACCCACUCCAUCAUCACCUCGCGGCAGCGGGUGGAGGCCACCAUGACAGCGGAGAUUUCCACCAUGCGGCUGGAUAUUGGGGAUAUCCAAGAGGCCUUGAAGAACCAUGACAGUUGGAUGGAAGACGUGUCCAAUACCUUGCAACAGAUGCAAGAGAAGGAAGACAACACCACUGAAGAUCUGAUCAAUCUGAAGAACGAGUUCACCACGAAGUUGGACGGCAAAGUGGACAACGUGGCAUGGAAGGAGGCCAAUGACGACUUGGAUGCGGCCAUCAAAACGGUGCGUGACAUGAUCAGCUCGUUGCGGUUGGAUGUGGACGCGCGCCGUCGGAAGGUCGAUGAGAUCCUCUCCACCAUGCGCCAUGAUAUCACCUCGGUUGAAACGAACUUGGAGGAGUCCAAGGCGAAAUUGGCCAUGGACACCGAUCACGCGAUCAAUGCGCUGAAUGGUCGCAUCGACUUCACCAACAAAGACCUCUCGGCCACCCAGGAAAGCCUGCACACUACGCAGAACUCCCUGAGUGACUGCUUCAAUGAGGUGGCGGUGGUGCGAUCGGACUUGGAACGUACCGUGGCUGACACGGAGGCUCGGGUGAAGAACGAUUCGCGUCAAAAGCAGCAAGAAAUCAUGGAGAAGAUUGGGGACGUUGAACAGCAAUCCGAAUUGCGCGCGGCUGAAGCUUCAAGGCGCUUGGGAGCUUUGGAUCUUCGUAUGAGUGGUGUCCAGGGUGGCCUGGGCGAGCAAAAACGUGACAUCCUGAAAAUCCGAGAGGAGGUGAAUGGUCUCACGGUGAAGAGUGCCAGCCAUGAAGUGGAUAUCUCAAAGGUGGGCGAUUCCGUCAAGAAGAUGGAGAAGCAACGCAACCUGGACGCCCAGAACUUAAAAGCGCAGCUGGAUUCCAUCCAUGACGUGCUCGACACCAAGGUCAAUGAGAAGCCUUUCGAGGAUGUGAAGCACUGCAUGUCUUCCCUGACCAAAGGUGUGGUGAAGUUCGCGCAGGUCGUUGGGGUCUUCCCAGGUCCCCGCUUCGAUGAUGCCGAGGGCGAAGCUGGAGAAGCUGAUGUGGAGCUCUUGGGAUGGGAGGAGAGCGCCGAAACCUUCUCCUUCCGCGUGGACAAAGCUUGGCGCCAGCGCUGCUCGCAACGCUUCCGCAAUAUACUGGACAUGAUCGCCAAAAAGGCUGACCACAGCGUGCUGCGCUUGCUUCAGAUCUCUCAACAGCAUAUCGAAUCGCAACUGGAGCGUGUGAAGCACGAAAGGGAGCUGUGGAAGGAAGUGGUGGAACGUCGCCAGCAACAACCUUUGCAACUGGCGCUCUCCAUGAAAGAGCCCGCGACGGAGGGAAGUCAGACCGCACGGGGACCCUUCCGUGGAUGA